UACAAAUUAUUCCAAUAGUAUUUUUCUACUUUUUCUAUUAAUUUGAAAUAAAUAAUUAAAUAUAAUUACUAAUAAAAAUUAAAAAUGUCCGGUACAAUAAGACAAUUAGAAGAGCGUCAAUUAGCUACAGAAGUAACAAUAAUGCGGUGGUCUCCUAAAAUGGACCUUCUAGCUGUUGCUAAUAAAAAAGGUGAAGUGUCGCUGCAUCGGUUGACAUGGCAACGAGUCUGGCUGGUGAAUCCACCAGAAGAAUUUGAAGUAAUUUCGAAUUUAUCAUGGCAUCCUGACGGUAAAUUAUUAGCCGUCUCGUAUGAUAACACAAAAAUCCUUCACUUAAUUGACAUUGAAAACAAAAAUAUCAUUCAUAAGCAAGAAUACAAACCAAAUAAUCAUAUAACUUGCAUGUCUUGGUUGUCAUUAUCAACCCAAGACUUGGGGAAUGAUAACUUCAGUCAAUUAAAUUUACAAAAUGAUAAUAAAUCAGUAUUGUCACCUACUGGUCCAUAUCUGCCGCCAUUACCGACUUUGAACCAUACGUUCACUCACGAGCCUGGACGCAAAGAAUUCACAGCAAAAAAUCUCGACAUACUUUUCCUGGGUCAUGAAUCUGGUGAGAUAUCGAUGUAUGUAUUCGGUAUGUUCUAUUGCGGGAAAUUAAAAAUAUCUGAUGGAAUGAUAACGGAAAUAACUGGCGGCUGUGGUAAUCCCAUUUGGAUCAGUUGUAAAUUUGAUGAUAAUACAAUUAAAGUCUAUAGACUGUCUUGUCCUUUGUUGGAGAGAAGCAAAGCGUUUUUGAAAUUAGCGCAAAUGCAGGCACAGAUUGAUUAUUUGAUGGACUAUUUAUCCCAGACUUUGAUGGCUAUUUCGGAAGCAUGGGAGACAAUAUUGUUGGAGAUGGAUGAAAAAUUAACGCGCUAUGAAGAUAAUGAACCGCCUGGUACUUUGGCUGCUGAUUUUUUAGAGUUAUUGAUGAUCGGUAUUUCAUCAAGCAAAUUGGCAAGUUUUUUGUUACAUGAUUUGUCAGACAAGGGGUUAAAAAAAUUAGCACAUAGUAUUGAAAUUUGUUAUAGUAAUAUUCAGAAAUUAGUUUUGAAACAUUUAAAUAGUGUUGGGAUGGCGUUAGCUUAUCAAUUGGGAGAAAUGCAGGGUAUGGCAAGAUUUGGUGGUGACUAUGAAGCACUUGGUUUAGAAAAUGAUAAACAAAUAACGACAGCAUUACAUGCCGUUGAAACAUUUUUAGCUAAAUCGUCUGAAAUCCAACAGGUUAUUGAUCAAAGUAUGAAAGAAUACAAAGCGUUUUUCAGGUGGUUGUAUGUAGAGAUUGCAAAAUUAACCGAUGAAAAAAUUCCAUCAGAAGCCAGCAAAAUAUCCCAGCAAGAGCUGACGUUUAUCGCCGAAUUUUUACUUAAUUUCGAUACCAGUAAGAAUAAUAAAAUUAAUGACACAACAAAUCCCAGCACGAGCACGUCAUCGCACAUGGACAUGACCAACAUCAGCAGUUGUAGCAGCAGCAAUAGCAAUAGCAACAAUAAUAAUAAUGAUAUUGAUAAUAAUAAUUCAAGUACAAGACGUAAAGGAGUGAAUCUAGAAAAACUAGGUCAGUAUUUACGCCGCGAACCCUUGAAAAUUCCGCUGUCAGUUGAAGGGAGCGAAUGGGGUUCGAUGCUUCAAGAAAAUAAAUGUCUGCUCGAGCAUCCAUUGAUAAUAAAACAAGACUUGAAUAUGUCGUUAUUGCAAGCCCAUGACCUUGUGGUUGAAACCAUUGGGAAAGUAUUUCUGGAUGCGUACAAAGGAUUAGUCAAUCAUUUCAAAAUUGACUCGAUUGAUCUGACUACUGGUAAAUUUACGAAUGACAAUAAUUGUGAUCAUAAUUUAUCAUCGCAAAUAGUUGAUGAUAAUGGGGAAUUAUUUUUUGCUACCACUGACAGUGAUGGUAAAAUUUUGAGAAUUUUUAAAAUCGAAGUUUAUGAAUGCGAUGAUGAUGAUGAUGAUGAUGGUGAUGAUGGUGAUGGUGAUAAUGUGGAAAUGGUUUUUAAAUCGACGAUAAUCGAUUUUAAUAAUCGACGAGAGUCGUUUUCAAAAACUGCAAUGGAUUUAAAAAUAAUAGACCUACAGUUUUAUUCAAUUAAUUACUUAAGUUUAUUAGUGUUCAAUAAAAACAAUAGUACUACUUGUUUAAUACAACUACCGAUCAAAGAAGAUAAAUUAUUUAGUGAUAAUGAGGAUAAUUGUUUGAGUAUCAGUGAUUUUAUUGGCAAUAAUUUGCCAAAGUCAUUUAGCGGCAUAACGGCUGGUAAAAUAGUCGUAUCGGGGCAGCGUAAAGUCGCUGCGAUAUUGAGUGAAAAUAAUCGUAAAAUUCGGCUACUGGAGACUGAAGUUGAGCCGGAUGAUGAUGACGAUGAAGAGGAUGAAGAUGAUGAUGACAGCAGUAAUUUAACUAAAAGUAUUAAUGAUUCACGCCAAGAUAUUUCAAUGGAUAUGUCGAAUAUCAAUGAAAGUUUAUCGUAAAUAAAUAAUUUAUUUAAAUAA